AUGACGAUAUACAUCAGGAGGAAUUCGUCCACGAGGCGUCGAGCCGAGCUGUUAUCCAAGGCCGAACUGUUAUCCAAGGCCGAGCUGUUAUCCAAGGCCGAACUGUUAUCCAAGGCCGAGCUGUUAUCCAAGGCCGAGCUGUUCUCCAAGGCCCAACUGUUAUCCAAGGCCGAGCUGUUAUCCAAGGCCGAACUGUUAUCCAAGGCCGAGCUGUUCUCCAAGGCCCAACUGUUAUCCAAGGCCCAACUGUUAUCCAAGGCCGAACUGUAA